UUGAAUCCUCAUUGGUUGGAAUGAACUGACGUCAAACUAUCGCAGUCACUUUUGCUGGAGGAGCCUGGUUUCCGAGUUCCUGUUUGUGUCCCAACCUGGCUUAUUGGAUCGAUGGCUCAGAAACCGCUGCGACUCUUGGCUUGUGGCGAUGUUGAAGGAAAGUUUGAUGCUUUAUUCAAUAGAGUUCAAGCCAUUCAGAAAAAAAGUGGAGAUUUUGAUCUGCUGUUGUGUGUAGGAAAUUUCUUUGGCUCCACUCCAGAGGCUGAAUGGGAGCAGUAUAAAACUGGCAUCAAAAAAGCUCCCAUUCAGACAUAUGUGCUUGGUGCCAAUAACCAAGAAACAAUACAUUUUUUCCAAAAUGCUGAUGGAUGUGAAUUAGCUGAAAACAUUACUUAUCUGGGUCGCAAGGGUAUCUUCACUGGAAGCUCAGGGCUUCAGAUUGUGUACCUCAGUGGAACAGAGUCCUUAAAUGAGCCAGCCCCAGGUUACAGUUUUAGUCCCAAGGACGUGUCUUCCCUGAGAACAAUGCUAUGCUCGGCAUCCCAGUUUAAGGGUGUUGAUAUCUUGCUCACAUCCCCAUGGCCCAAGCAUGUGGGGAACUUUGGGAACUCUUCUGGAGAGGUGGAUACCAAAAAAUGUGGCUCUGCUUUGGUCUCCAGUCUUGCCACAGACCUGAAACCAAGAUACCAUUUUGCUGCUUUGGAGAAGACUUACUAUGAGAGACUUCCAUAUCGAAAUCACAUUGUUCUUCAGGAAAAUGCACAGCAUGCCACCAGGUUCAUAGCUCUGGCAAAUGUUGGGAACCCAGAAAAGAAAAAGUAUCUGUAUGCAUUCAGUAUUGUUCCUAUGAAACUAAUGGAUGCAGCAGAACUGGUUAAACAGCCUCCAGAUGUCACUGAAAACCCUUACAGAAAAUCUGGGAAGGAAGCAUCCAUUGGGAAGCAAAUUUCUGCUCCAGAGGAAGAAUCAAUCUGUCAAUUUUUCUUUGACUUAAAUGAAAAGCAGGGAAGGAAGCGUUCAUCCACAGGAAGAGAUAACAAAUCUUCUCCUCACCCAAAACAGCCUCGUAGGCCUCCUCAGCCUCCCGGGCCCUGCUGGUUUUGCCUCGCAAGCCCUGAAGUGGAAAAGCAUCUGGUGGUCAACAUAGGUACACAUUGCUACCUUGCUCUGGCCAAAGGAGGCUUAUGUGAUGACCAUGUCCUCAUCCUACCCAUUGGACACUACCAGUCAGUGGUAGAGCUUUCAGCAGAGGUAGUGGAAGAGGUGGAGAAGUAUAAGACUACACUUAAGCGGUUCUUCAGGAGUCGAGGAAAGCGGUGCAUUCUAUUUGAGAGAAAUUAUAAGAGUCAACACCUCCAGUUACAGGUCAUUCCUGUGCCACUUGGUCAUUGCACUACUGGUGACAUUAAAGAUGCCUUCAUUACCCAGGCACAGGAGCAACAGAUAGAGUUAUUGGAAAUCCCAGAGCUCUCUGACAUCAAGCAGAUUGCACAACCAGGAACAGCAUAUUUUUAUGUUGAGCUCGAUACAGGAGAGAAGCUUUUCCACAGAAUUAAAAAAAAUUUUCCUUUGCAGUUUGGAAGGGAGGUCCUGGCUAGUGAAGGCAUCCUGAAUAUUCCUGACAAGUCGGACUGGAGGCAGUGUCAGAUCAGCAAGGAAGAGGAGGAAACUCUAGCUCUCCGCUUCCGAAAAGAUUUUGAGCCCUUUGACUUUACUCUGGAUGACUAAGCAAAGUGAAAGCACUUUAUGCAUUUCAUAGGAAGCAGCAGCAGUCUGGGGUUAGUGAGUGAGUGAGUGUGUGUAACUUCAGUCUCCUGUGGGGACUAUUUCCCUGCCUCUUUUUGGUACAUUCCUGUGGAACCUGCCUGUAACAAGAGGCCCGAGAUUGAAUAUAUUGUAGAAAGCAUCACACUCUAGGAUCAGAAAUUCUUUGUUAAAAGCAUGUCUAUCAGCCCCAAGUACUGCUUAUCUUUGUCAACAUUUUCAGGAACAUUUAAUCAAAUAAAAAAUUUUCCAUAGUU